CUUUUUUGUAUAGCGGUUAGAACGAAGUCGCAAAUCUAGAAAUAAAAUAAAAUAAUAACAACAUAUUACAUUCAAAGCAUUGAAAAGUUGCAGUAUAUCUUGGUCAAAGAUGCCAUCAGUAUAUACAUUUUCCCGAAGUGACAAUGAGAUUUUACAAGAGUUACUCAAGGUGUUCAGUUCCGGUCGUGGCACAACUCGGGAACAAUGGAGCAUGCAGGCCGAGUUACUGGUGGAACCAGUCGGUUGGGAUGCAUUGUGGAAACUGUCCAAGGAUUUCUGUAAAAAGUUUGAAGUAAGAUUCCCCUGCAUUGCCUACGUUACUGUGACAUCGGUGGACUUUGAGAACCUGUCGGCCUGUGUGGAUGUGCUGAGCGUGCAACAUGAGACCGUCUCACUACCGGAGAACAUAGUGGACGUACCAUUGAUCGAACUCUGGCCAACAAUAAAGCAACGGGAACAGUGUAUCAAUGUCGCUGCCACUGCGGAGUUUAUUGAUUUGUUAAGAUUUUACUACAAUGACAUUUGGAUGCCGUGGGAUGACUCAGAAGUGCUCCUAUCAAACACAAUUGAGGAACGAAUGCAACUCUGGUCAGAUAUGCACAACGGUACCAUACCCAACUUCGUGGCUCGCUCCAUCACGUUGCUAAGGAAUAGUGCUAUUGAUGCUCAUGAGAAAUUGAAGCAGAUGGACUCCUCGCUUUGUGAAGGAGAUGUCGCCAGCGAUGAUGAUUCUCUUCUACCACCGAACUACAUAUCGCUCUGCGCGGAAAUGAACGCGCGACUAGACGGGCUGAUGUCAAAAUGGACGCUAUAUGAAAACUCGUUGAUUCGAGAACAGUAUCUGGCGAGGGAACGGUCUAAAUGGCAGAGGAAUAAAAGUAAAAAAAAUGUGGUAGCAGUAUGGCAAGGCGGUUCAAUAUUCGAGUUCAGUGAGAUAUCCAAGUUCUUAAUAUCCCACGUGACCAAUGAUUUUCGUCUAAGUGUGCUGACGUCGGUGGAGGACGCGCUACAAUUGGAACCCCACGAACUUGUGCUGUGUGGACACGAACUAAUGUUGCCUGAGAUGCCAUUAGCCAAUAUUAACGUUACUAGUUUUAAUGGCGCGACUCUCCAAGCAUCAGAUAUGCGUUCCUGUCUUCUCAUGCUGUCAGAAGAAUGUCGACUCCGCGAACUGACUCUGAACUGCUUGUCUGUGAACACAGUGAUCGUAAUGAGAUCUGGCACCCUACAUAUCGUCAGAUGUAAUAUAUUGGAUCAGUCUAGCAGUUCAAAGAGUGACUUCGCACAAGGUGUGGUGGCCAUGUCUGGCGCCAAGAUACUCAUUGAAGACUGCAUGUUUGAUAACUUCUACUCCGGUAUCGUUGUACACAAAGGGGCUCAGGUGGAAUUCAGAAACUGUACAAUAAAGAACUGUGGUGUGGGCAUCCAAAUGUACUCGGGCUCACAGGUGGAGCUGAGUGACACAGUAAUAUCUAACUGCAGCGAGCAGUGCAUUCGGUGCGAGGUGGAUGUCAUGCAAGAGUCAUCAAUUUGUACUGCGAAUGGAUUCGAAGGUCUUUUAGUAAAUGCGAACUGCAAAAUAGGCACAGGAGACUUACAAAAAGAGGUUCUAAUCGUAAAACAGGAUGUCGGUAUAUAACGCAGAUGAUUUAACAAUAGUAGAUGAUAUUUAUAUGUUUAGCAGUCAUGAAAUAUAAAUAUAGAAUUCAUAUUAAACAUAUUUUUUUAAAGUACCCAAUAACAGAUUGUCUGAUCCAGGGUACGAAUCGUAUGCACUCAUGUAGUCAAUAUCUGAUAUGAUAUGAUGUUAAUGAAACAAUUAAAAAAAAAUAUGGCGACUCCAACCUCCUACAACGCGCGAACUGACGCGU